UCCGCUCGUUCCGCGCCUGCCACACAGGCCUGUUGGCCCUUUCCGGGACCAGGACACUACCACUUCAGGGCCUUCCCAUGGUGUCCCUCUGCCUAGAAGCCUCUGACCCGUCACUUGCAGAUACAUCCUUUUGUGCCUCCUGACCAGAGAUUCCCCUUCCAAGAGUCAUGUGGAAUGGAACCUCCAUAAUAUUUAAAGUGCCUCCGGUGAUUCCGACCUGUAUCCAGCUCUGAGCACCAAGGCUCUGGGUCCUCCAUGUAUGAAGCUGAGAUCAGCCCAUGAUCCAGAGAGGAUUGACUUCUCAAGACUAAUCUUUGCCUGAGGAAGAAAUCUGGAAGAGGAGGAAGAGGAAAGAACAGGAGUCAGGAAUGGCUCUUUCUCAGGCACUGUUGACAUUCAGGGAUGUGGCCAUAGAAUUCUCUCAGGAGGAGUGGGAAUGCCUGGACCCUGCUCAGAGGGCCUUGUACAGGGACGUGAUGUUGGAGACCUACAGGAACCUGCUCUCCCUGGAUAUCUCCAUUAGUUUUAUGACCAAGGAAUUAUUAAAGAAGAGAAACAUUAAUAACAGAGAAUUAUACCAACCAGUGGUCUUGGGAAGACAUGGAAGCCAUGGUAUUGAGGAUUUUGACUUCAGCAAAGUCUGGGGAACUGUGUAUGAAUUUGAGAAUAAGUCUAUGUAUCCUUCAUUGCUUACACAGCAACAGAAAACAAACAUUAGAGAAAAAUUAUACAAAUGUAAUGAAUGUGGAAAGACUUUUAUCCAUCAUUCAGUCCUUACUAGUCAUCAGAGAAUUCAUUCUGAGCAGAGACCUUACAAAUGUAAUGAGUGUAGUAAAGCCUUUAAACAGUUCUCAAACCUCACAAGACAUCAGAGAAUCCACACUGGAGAGAAACCAUAUAAAUGUAAUAUAUGUGACAAGGUCUUUAAUCAGAAUUCCCACCUUACAAAUCAUUGGAGAAUUCAUACUGGAGAGAAACCACACAAGUGUAAUGAAUGUGGUAAGGCUUUUAUCAAAUGUUCAGACCUUUGGCGUCAUGAGAGAAUUCAUACUGGAGAGAAACCUUACAAAUGUAACGAAUGUGGUAAGGGUUUUACCAAACGUUCAUAUCUUUGGGAUCAUCAGAGAAUUCAUACUGGAGAGAAACCAUACAAAUGUAUUGAAUGUGGCAAGGUUUUUAGGCAGUGGUCUACCCUCAGGAUUCACCGAAGAAUUCAUACUGGUGAGAAACCUUAUAAAUGUAAUGAAUGUGGCAAAGCUUUUAAGCAGUGCUCACACCUGACUAAACAUCAGAAUGUACAUCCUGGAGAAAAGCCACACAAAUGUACUGUGUGUGGCAAGGCUUUUAUCCACAUUUCAAGUCUGGUAAAACAUCAGAAAAUUCAUACUGGAGAAAAACCAUACAAAUGUAAUGAAUGUGGUAAGGCUUUCAUCCAAAGUUCAAGUCUUAUGGAACAUCAGAGAAUCCAUACUGGUGAGAAACCUUAUAAAUGUAAUGAAUGUGGCAAAGCCUUCACUGUGCGUUCAAGCCUAACUAAACAUAAAAGAAACCAUACUGGAGAGAAACCUUACAAAUGUAAUGAGUGUGAUAAAGCCUAUACACAAUUCAGCUCAAGCUUGGAGGAUCAUCAGAGAAUUCAUGGUAGAGAGAAACCUUACAAAUGUAACGAAUGUGGCAAAUCCUUUAACUGGUGUUCACGCCUCACCCGACAUCAGAGGAUCCAUACUGGAGAGAAACCAUAUAAAUGUAAUGUAUGUAGCAAGGCCUUCAGUCAAAACUCAAACCUAACAAUUCAUCAGAGAAUUCAUACUGGAGAGAAACCUUACAAAUGUAAUCAAUGUGGAAAAGCCUUUAAGCAGUACUCAAGCCUCACCAGACAUCAGAAUAUACAUCCUGGAGAGAAGCCACACAAAUGUAAUAUGUGUGGUAAGGCUUUUAUCAAACGUUCACACCUUUGGGGUCAUGAGAGAAUGCAUACUGGAGAGAAGUCAUACAAAUGUACUGAAUGUGGCAAGGCCUUUAGACAAUGGUCUGACCUUAGGAUUCACCAAAGAAUUCAUACUGGAGAGAAACCCUUAGAAAUGUAAUGAAUGGUGUAAAUCAUUUAACCAUUUUAAACAACGGACUAUAAUCAGAUAACAUACUAGGGAGACUAAGUCUCUAGUCCUAGAUUAAUCAAUUUCAGAUGUUAAGUUC